AUGUCUAUAACCGAGACCUUGCCGCCGCCUGCAGCGACGACUCUUACUACAUCAAACACCAAGCAGACAUUACAACAACCACCGAGGCCACCACCGACCAAGUUCCAUACUAUCGAUGGCAUACUCAAAUCACACAUCGCGGAAGGAUUCGAUGGUACGAUACUUGCAUAUCCAGCCACACCCAACGGCACCAGCGACUUCGAGGAGUACUCGCCAAAGGAUCUGGAUAGAUUCGUCGAUGCAGCAGUCGCGAAAUACAUCAGCAGCGGCAUUGAGCCAGCAGACCCCAGUCUCCCAGAAGCCCCCGUAAUUGCCGUUCUGUCACCAUCAAGUCUCGAAAUCGUGGUCACAAUAUGGGCUAUGAAUCGGAUGGGAUAUGGCUUGCUCUUUCUAUCCACGCGACUGGCGGCCGACGCAUACGCGCGUUUGAUGGAGUUGUCGAAUUGUGAUAGACUCAUCACUUCGUCAGGAUUCGAGCGAAUGGGCCAGGAUAUUGCCAAGAUUCGGGAAUGCAAGCGGUAUCCUCUCAUCACACGGCCAGACUUCCGUCAUGUCCAGAACCCUCCUGUGUUCAAGCGAGAGGGCGCCGAUCCGCUCAAGGAGACAAAUAAGCUUGGCUGGAUCAUCCAUUCUUCGGGGAGCACUGGCUUUCCCAAACCCAUCUUCCUCACGAACUACCAGUGUCUGGCGAACUUCGUCAAGAAGCCUGGCAUGCGAGCAUUCUGUGUCUCGCCUCUCUUCCACAGCCACGCAUUGAUGGAGCUGGGAGGGGCAAUAUAUCUACAGAAACCUAUGUUCUUGGGCAAUUAUGCUUUGCCGGUCACUACACAGAACCUGAUCGAAGGCAUGUCAGUUGCUCGGCCGGAUCUGUUUAAUGUGGUGCCAUACGUUCUUAAGCUGAUGUCAGAAAGGCCCGAGGGCCUCGCGGAACUACGGAAGGUCAAACUCGUUCUAUACGCUGGCAGUGCUUGCCCGGAUGCUUUGGGAGAUCUGCUGGUAGCGAACGGUGUGAAUCUUGUGGCGAACUACGGCUGCACUGAGACAGGCUUCAUCAUGAGCUCGGUCCGGAAUUACGAUACCGAUAAAGACUGGGACUACUGCCGACUGGAGUACCCGAUCGCCAAGCACGUCCUGAUGGACGAAGUCUCACCAGGUGUAUUCGAAUGCGUGGGACUGGACGGCUUGCCAUCUAAAGGACCAUCAAAUUCCGACAACCCUCCAAACUCCUUCCGCACCAAAGAUCUGUUCACUCGACACCCAGACCCGGCCAAAUCAAAUUACUACAAAUACUUAGCCAGAUCCGACGACCGUCUGACGCUUGUGAACGGAGAAAAAGUCCUUCCCUUGCCCAUAGAAGGCAGGAUACGACAAGACCCGCUCGUCGAGCAAGCUGCUGUCUUCGGCGCAGGGAAGAGCGUUCCUGGCGUCAUCAUCUUCCGCAGUGAGCUUGCAGCAAACAUGUCCGAUGCUGAACUCCUGGCUGGGAUCAAGCCAUCCAUUGACGAUGCAAAUGCGGCAGCAGAGAGCUUUUCUCGCAUUCCGGAAGAGAUGAUCAUUCCUAUGCCAGCAGGAACGGCCUACCCGAAGACAGACAAGUUCACAUUCAUUCGUGCACAGAUGUACCAGGUUUUUGCGGCGCAGAUCGAAGCUGCGUACGCAGCGUUUGAGGAUACUUUACCCACUCCGUCAGAAAACCUCAAGACAUUAUCAGUGCCGGAACUGGAGAACUUCCUCCUAGACACCUUCCGCGCACGACUCUCCAUACCACUAGCAGCAACCACGACCGACAUAUUCGCUGCGGGCGUCGACUCGCUUCAGACAGCUCGCAUAAACAGCAUCAUCCGUAAGGAGAUCGACCUUGGGUCCAACGCCUCGAAGAUGAGCAGCAACGUCGUGUUCGAGAAAGGUACUGUCGCCGCGCUAGCCCGCCAUCUGUACAGCCUACGCACGGGCGAGGUUAAGCAGGCGACGGACGAUGUCAGCUUGAUGCAGUCGCUGAUUGAGGAGCUGUCGGUCUUCGCACCAUUCACCCCGAGCAGCUCAUUGUCAGAAACAUCAGGCAAGGCAACUGUGCUCCUCACCGGCGCCACCGGCAGUCUCGGUGCAUAUAUCGCAGCAUCACUGCUGUCUCGCCCAAACGUUGGACAAGUCUACUGCCUCGUGCGCGCCAAAUCCGAACUCGACGCGCACCUCCGCGUCCUCUCCCAGAUCUCUUCCCGUGGGACCACCCUCACUGCGGCACAAAUCUCUCGCCUGGUCUGCCUCCCAAGCGAGUUCGCGAACCCAACCCUCGCAAUUCCCGAAGCGCACUACAACCACCUCCUCACCAACCUGACACAUGUGAUUCACUGCGCCUGGCCAGUGAACUUCACCGUGCCGCUGCAGACCUUCCGUCCCGCCCUCCGGGGCCUGCAUAACCUUCUCCAACUCUGCCUGAACGUCAAGCGCUCCCAGCCGGCAAAGUUCUUCUUCUGCUCGUCCGUCUCUGUCGGAUCGAACACACCCAAAGACUCGACGAACGCGGCUUCGAUAGGGGAAACCCUCAUCCCAGAUUUAAGCCACGCUCAGGGAACAGGGUAUGGAAAAUCCAAGCUCGUCGGCGAGCACAUCACGCACCGCGCUAUGGUGACCUACCAACAGCAUGGGCUUGAGGCGAGAGUGCUCAGGAUCGGGCAGCUGAGCGGCGAUCUUGCGAAGGGGAAGUGGAACGAGACCGAAGCAGUCUCCCUCAUGGUUCAGUCGUGCCUCGCCAAGGGUGUUGACUGCUUGCCAGCGCUGGACGAGGAGGUCAGCUGGCUGCCGGUCGACGUAUGCGGCCAAGCGAUCUCAGACCUCGCAUUUCGUGUUGAUGGUGGUUCUGAUUGCAAUGGCAAAAGGAAGAGGGAGGCGGAGUUGGUGUACCACACGCUGAACCCGCAUAAGAUCCACUGGACGCACGACUUCAUUCCAGCAUUGCGCAGAACAAACCUGCUUCCGGAAUUCGAGGUUUUACCGCCGCAGGAGUGGUUGCGGAGGUUGAGGGAAAGCGACCAGGACCCAGCAAGAAACCCGAGCAUCAAAUUGUUGAGCUUCUGGGAAGAGAAGUAUGGGAAGGCGCAAGCCGCUGUGACGAACGAGAAAGAGACGCCACGGACGACGAGCAGCGGCUUGACUUUCGAGACGAGCAGAACGGUGCACGACGCACCAGUGGUGGGCAGUGUGACGCGGGAGGUCAUGCUUGAACAGGGGCAGAAUGGGUACAUUAGUAAACUUGUCGGGAGUUGGAUGAAGACUUGGACUGCGUAG